GGGGAGCCCCGGACCAGUGUGAGUUUCAUGUGCCUGCAUCUGUGCGAUUAACGACAGAGGACCGUCAAAACGGCUCUGCAAACCUGAUCUGGGCUCCAUCAGAACCCUUACACCAUGACUGAUACAAUGGCACCGAACGACCUAACCUCUGCAUGCAAUGAUAUAUGGUUUCAUUUCAAGUAUUUUCUCCUCAUGUGUGUGGCCCCCUUGACCCUGCUAAUAGUGGGUUCGGUCUACGUGCACGACUGUCCCACGGCACCCUUCAUCCCCAUAUACCUCAUUGUGGCCUCGGGCGUCUUUCUGUUCUGGCUGGUCAUGCAAAUGUGUUUAUGUGCCCAAUUCUUCCUUUGUGUUCUGCUAAUACUUGGCGGUCUUCAAGUGGGUGAGAUAGUGGCACUCAGCAUCAUCUUCGCCUGGCUCAUAACAGGUAGUGUUUACAUCUAUGGAGCCUACCAGCCUGACUUUGAGUCAAGAAGCUCGCCGGAAUACUGUGACAGGGUUCUGUACGAGACGGCCUUCUGGUGUACCACCCUGAUCUGGCUGGCCGCCCUGCUUUUUGGGAUUUUAAAAUCGUACCAGGAAAUACAGUUGUGCAUUUGGAAGAAGAAUAAGAAAGAAACGGAGCAGGACAGCGAGGCAGGAGGAAGCUCUGUUGUUGAGGAGGAGCAGGAAGAAGAAGGGGAUGAGGAGAACCCAGCAACACCUGAUCAUGUCCAUACAGAGGCUGGAGGAGACAUGUCUCCUAAUAAGGAGAGUGAGGUGAAAGAGAAGGAAGUUCCUGCUCUGCCCAAGGAGAACCCACCAACACCUGAUGAUGCCCCUACAGAGACUGGUGGAGACAAGUCUCCUGAGGAGAAGAAGGAGAACUCAGCCCUGCCAGAGGAAAAUCCAGCCCCGUCUGGUGGUGACAACUCGGAGGCAGAAGGACCCAUUUCCCCUGAGGUGAAGGACAACCUGAAGGAGAAGGAGAACCAGAAGGAGAUGGACAACCAGAGGGAGAAGGAGAACACAGCUCUGCCUGAGGAGAAUCCAAAAACACCUGAUGUGGAUACAGAGGCAGGAGGAGACCUUUCUCUUAAAGAGAAGGAGAAGGAGAAGGGAAAUUCAGCUCAGUCAGACAAGGUCGAACAUUUACCUCAGCCAACUCCCCAAGUCUCUGAAACUGCCAAAGUAAAUGCAGACGUGGUCACUGUGGAAUCAGAAACCACUGCUUGAGGUCCAUUCAUACCCUACGUAUGAGAUGGUUACAGAUACGUGUGAGAAGUUUUUCAUACACUCUUAUCUGUUCAUUUCAUACAUGUAUUUUUGACACGAAACCGAGAAGUUUAAUUUACGUACGUAACAGAUCAAAACAAAUCGGAAAUAACCCACCACACGUCAAAGAGGGUGGGAGGAAUGAGGGUGUUGACGGUUGGAACAUAGAAAUACACAUGUAGGCUAAUUGACCAAACGAAGGUUACGAGUGCUUUAGUGUCACACUCUGUGGCCCCUGGGUCCAGGGCUCUCCCGUUGGUGGUGGGGUCUCUAUGAUUAUUCAGAGUUUGUCAGAGGACACACUCAACUUCUUGGAAAAAAUUAAUGUCUUUGGGUGCACGAUAAAAGUUAUCAACUUAAAGAAGAAAAAUCCGUGGUACGACGCACUGAUGCAGGCUUGAUAGCCGCGUUUGCUUUUGGACAUAGUGGUAAUCUAUAAAUAAAUAAUGAGACGUAGCUUGUGAGUGCGGAUUUGUCUUCAAUAAGGCUCUGUGAUUAUUACCCUGGCAGGUGGAGUGAGGGGAGGAGGGAGGGGGCUGUCUGUGCUGUGCCAAGGGGUAAUUCUUCUACAUUUCAAACUUCAAUUGUGUUUACUCCUCCCACUUGUAGGUUUAAACGUCAAUGCCAUGACCAAAUAUUAGCGAUUGGGUAAGAUAAGAUGCACAUGUCAAAUUUCAAUGAGUAACUGAACCCUCCCAACGCUAGUUGUUUCUCAAUUUAGGCUUUUACAAAUGAAAGGCCAGGUUAGCACUACAAUGCUCUAUGUAGCAUUUUGUAUCCCGUACAUGGUCCUGCAUGUUGAAUAUCUGAUACCUAGUCAAGAUAGUUUAUAUAUACAGUAGAUCCUAUACAGUAUACACUAUAUUGCCAAAAGUUUGAUCUAUCCAUGUGUGACCUCACCAAUGCAGUUUUGGAAGAAGGGUCAAAAAUGCCUACAAACACACUGCUCAACGCUGUGGAAAGCCUUUCCCAGAUGAGUUAAAGCUGCAAAAGGUGAACCGAUAUUGAACCCUAUGGGAUAGAAAUGGGAUGGCAGUUACUGUAAGUUCAUAUGUGAGUCAAGGCAGUUUAGCGAAUACUUUUGGUAAUAAUGGGUGCAUUCCAUGCGGACUCCCUUCCUCCACUUGUGCUUGUGGCCUCCCGUUUUGCUGAUGGCCCGCCUCCAUGGAGAAAACCACUGACUUGUAUACUAUAACUAUAGAAGUCAGUGGAGAAAACUAUAGGCCUAACAUUUCCCCGCUGUCAGCCUAGCCACAAUACUUUUUGGGGAACUAUUCUUCAUUCACAAUCCAGUUUGCAAAUGAGAAAAUUACAUUACAAUUGAGCUUUUUAGAGAUAUUGAAAUACAAUGCUGUCGUCGGUGACGUCAUCACAACGUAUUACUUCCUGGUACGAGGCCACAAGCACAAGUGGAGGACGCAAGUCCGCAUAUUGGAAUGCACACAUAGUGUAUAUCCAAGAUGGCGCUGCAUAUGGCAUCUCAGCUUCGAUGGUUGAGCCGCUCUCUUUAUAGAAAGGUUUACAUCUGUUGGAGUCAAGUUCCAUGUUAACAUGUGAAGGCUGGAAUUUGCUUGCUGUGUGACCUUACACAUGCGUACAACCGUGCACACAGUGAAGGCUCAUAUAAUAUAGGAGGCAGAUAGCCAGUGGCACUCAAAAUGUUACACCCAAGUAGUUUAAUCUAACUGUGACGUCAAAAUUCACAAUUGCUUUUUGCGACUGUAUCAAUUAAGCAACAUGUACCCUUGGAAACGCAUCAUGUUACCUUGCAUUUUCAUGAGCUACAGCGUCUAAAAUGUGCUACUGCUACAUAAAAUACAUAGUUCUACAGUAUGUUAGCACAUUCGGAAUGUGCACAUGCAUACAUACUCUGCAGCAUACUCCAGCCUUAAGUGUACUUGGACAAUGAGGCCUUGUUUACAAAUACACAAGUGUUUCUGAAACCUGGAGACUAUUCCCCUAUUUUGCGCCUUUUCUUUGCACACAAAAGGAGAUAUGGCGAAAAGAAACAUAGAACAGACAGAUGACA